UUUGAAGUAGACUUGCUGGAUCAAUUAAUUGAUUACAGCAAGCAAGCACACAAGGGAGGGAGUAAUCCCAGCAGGCAGCACGGGACAGGAGAAGCCAGCCAGCAACCUGCCUGUCCGUCUCCUUGUCUCCCUCUCUCUCCCUCGCGCUGCAUCGGGUCGAGUCGAGUCGAGGAAUCGUCUCAUUCUCAACGCGGCCUCCACGCGAAAUGGGCACCACCACCUGCUGCUGCUCAUAAGCAAGAAGCAUCCAGUCGAGUGGAGGAAGAAGACGACCGCAUCCAGAUUCCAGAGAGAGCAAAGCAAGAUGGGGAGCUACGCGUACAAGUACUGUAUGUGCUUCACCCGCAAGUUCCGAUCCCCCGACGCGCAGCCGCCGCCCGACGUCCGCGCUGCCCACCUCUCCUACUGCGGCCCUUCUUCUGAUCCCCAGCAGGGGCACGGCCAUGGCCUCCGCCGCUUCCUCUCCCAAGUCCAGGCCGAGUCACCCGCCGACGUCGACCGCAUCCUCGCCAUCCUCGCACCCACUUCGGCGAGUCACGGAAUCGCCCGCCUCGUCAACAGGUCGCCGGCGCCGGCGCCGCCCACGCUCGACGACUUCUUCGGAUUCCUCUUCUCCCCCGAUCUCAACCCGCCAAUCACCAACCAGGUUCACCAGGACAUGUCAGCCCCGUUCUCUCAUUAUUUCAUAUUCACAGGCCAUAAUUCCUACCUUACCGGGAACCAGCUCAAUAGUGACUCCAGCGACAUCCCAAUUAUAAAAUCACUACAGAGAGGUGUUAGAGUCAUUGAACUUGAUAUGUGGCCAAAUUCUUCAAAGAACAAUGUUGAUAUUCUUCAUGGAGGGACAUUGACUGCCCCUGUAGAAAUGAUCAGAUGUUUAAAGUCAAUUAAAGAAUAUGCCUUUUGUGCGUCCAGUUAUCCUCUUGUUAUUACUCUUGAGGAUCACCUCACAGCAGACCUCCAAGCCAAAGUAGCUGAGAUGCUCACUGAAACGUUCGGAGAUCUUCUUUUCAUCCCUAGUUCAGACCCAAUGAAAGAGUUUCCUUCUCCAGAAGCUCUAAUGGAGAGGAUAAUAAUCUCAACUAAACCCCCACAAGAAUACAAGGAGUUUCUGAAAGCUAAGGAUAAUCAGAAUGGUAAUGGAAACUUAGCUGAUUUACCUGACCAAGGAAGCCUGAGGAGAAUAGAUUCAAAUGCCGAUGAAUCUGAUGGAAAGGAUGAACUAGAUGAGCAAGAUGAGGAAGAUUCUGAUGAGGACGACCCCAAAUUUCAGCAGGAAACUGCCUGUGAGUAUAGGAAACUGAUCACCAUCCAAGCUGGCAAACCAAAAGGCCAUUUACGGGAUGCUCUAAAGGUAGACCCAGACAAAGUCAGGCGGCUCUCUUUGAGCGAGACACAGAUAGCUAAAGCGACAGCUUCUCAUGGCGCUGAAGUCAUAAGGUUCACUCAGAAGAAUAUACUGAGGGUGUAUCCAAAGGGCACAAGGGUUAACUCUUCUAACUAUGAUCCAAUGAACGCCUGGAUUCAUGGUGCUCAGAUGGUUGCAUUUAACAUGCAGGGGCAUGACAAAGCACUCCGAUUGAUGCAAGGAUUUUUCAGAGCCAAUGGGGGCUGCGGUUAUGUUAAAAAACCUGACUUCUUGCUAACGACAGGUCCAAAUGGCGAGGUAUUUGACCCUAAAGCUAGUUUGCCAGUGAAGACAACUCUCAAGGUAAAAGUAUAUAUGGGAGAUGGGUGGCGCAUGGAUUUCAGUAAAACUCAUUUUGACGCCUUCUCGCCUCCAGAUUUCUAUACCAGGGUAGGGAUCGCUGGAGUGAAGGCGGAUAGUGUGAUGAAGAAAACGCGGGUCCUGGAAGACCAGUGGGUGCCGGUGUGGGACGAGGAGUUCACGUUCCCGCUGACGGUGCCGGAGCUAGCCCUGCUGAGGAUAGAGGUGCAGGAGUACGAUAUGUCGGAGAAGCACGACUUCGGCGGGCAGACGGUGCUGCCGGUGUGGGAGCUGAAGCAGGGCAUCCGUGCUGUGGCCCUGCACGAUCGCAAGGGCGUCAGGUACAAGUCCGUCAGGCUCCUCAUGCGCUUCGAUUUUGUCUAGGCAUCAGCAGCAGUCCAUUCUUGCGCUAUCCAGUCAGUGAGAGAUUGCAUUUCUCUUUCUUUUUUCUUUUUUCUUUUUUCUUUUUAAAAAGGAAUUCUUGUGCAUCUAGUGUGAUUGUGUCUACGUAAAAGUUAUGAAAUAGGAAUUAUUAUUACUAGUAGAGUAUACUUCCAUCUCCAUGUGAUUAGUGUAGACUAGAGUAUCUUGCGCAUAUAUGUAUCAUGAAUGUAUGUACUAUUGAUUUUGCCGUAAUAAAGGAUGUAUGGAAUGAAGGAAGCAGCACAUCAACUGCUGUAUUUUUUU